AUGGUAAAUCAUAGACCCAGCGAAGGUUGUUCGUUAUAUGAUUUUUGUUUUGAACACAUAGCGAGAAUAAAUAAGUUACGAGCAGGAUUUUCAGAUUGUGACAAGGUAUCAUUAAUUAUAGGUGCUAUAAAUGACGUUAAUAUAACAUCAGCUGUGGAGGCAGCAAAUAUUCGAAAUCCUCAUAUUUUGGCGGCAUAUCUGAAGAACAAAACUUAUACUGGUAGGGGCAAACCGUUAAAAUCAGAGGUGCAACAGUCAAUCAAUCAAAGUGGUCGAUUGGGAGCAUCUGACAAUAUAGUCCGGUCAAGUACGAUACAUCAAAAUGUAAAUUGCACCACAUGUGGCAACAGAGGUCACGAGCGGAAUGAUUGUAAACAUAGAAAUAAGAUAUGCAAUUUUUGCAGAAUUAAGGGGCAUAUUGAGGUGAAUUGUUUCAAGAAACGAAAGAACUCAAGUGAACCAGGCAGAUGGGAUAAUUCAACUAAGUCUUCAAAAGUAAAACAAAAAAUUGAACAGGUCAAAUUAAUUAAAAGUCAGAAUAGUGCUUCAAAAUUUUUCAAAAAAAUAUUUCUUGAUGGGAAUUUAAUAGAAGCUUUUGUGGAUUUUGGUAGUGAUUGUUCUCUAAUAAAAUUGGCAAUAGUGCAGGAGCUAGGGUUAACGUUGAAACCUCUUGGGGAGAAGGUAACAUUGUCAGGAUUUAUGGGUAUAGGGACUGUUGUUACGCAAUUUGUUGAGGUAAUGACCCAAAUUGAUCAGACGUUCGGGACGAACAUGACGUCAGGAUGGCCGUGCAGUCCCACUCUAUGUCUGUCGUGCAGUCCCACUCUAGGUCUGUCGCUGCUGACCGGCAGAUCGACGGUGGCUGGGGGAAGAUGA